GGUUUCCACUGACAUGAAGUACUAUUUAUAUAGUGCUCGCAGCCAACUUUUCAAACAUCAUUCUUUUUAACGAUCGGUAUCCUUCAAGCACGCGUUCAUUAACUAUGCAUCUAAUUUCCCUCUUCCUCCCGCUCAGUCUGUUGUCGACUGCUGCUGCAGCUGAUUACAAUGCAUCGACUCCUACAUCAGAUGCACUGCAGCUCCAAGAAUUUGAAUGCAGAUGUGGAGCCGGUAGCUUUCUCUCAAUGCCACAUGCCAGCAUCACACGUCGUUCAGAAUCCAUGCAAUGUCACUCUUACAGCAAGUUACCACCAUCGAAACCCCAGCGUACAUGCUCCUACAAGAAAAUCUUACUAACCUUUCUCUCACAAAAAAAUUAAUCGACGCCCGUGGUACUAAUGAGCCGCAAGGCAUUUCUAUCAUGUUCUAUCCCAUGCUCCAGUCCAUUCUUGCCAAAGUCCCCGAUGGUGUAAGCCUCCCUGUCGAAUACCCCGCCGGCGUAGACCAAAAUACUACAUCCGGCCAGAAAUUCAUCAUCGACACCAUUAAUCAAGGACUCCAAAAGUGCCCUAAUCAAGCAUAUGCUCUUUUCGGAUAUUCCCAGGGGGCCACUUUGAUACUAAGGACGCUUGAGGAACUCAGCUCUGAAGCUAUUAACUCCGUCUCGUCCGUUAUUCUCGUAGGCAACCCGUACCGUGUUCCGGAUAAACUAUCGAAUGUGAAUGGUACCGGGCAGGCGGGAAAUGAUGCUACGGUGGGAUUAUUUGUAGCUUCAGCGACUGCGAACAACGAAAGCAUCCCACAGCUCUCCGACAAACUAGACCAGAGUGGUAAAGUACUUGACUAUUGUCUUGAGGUGAGUUCAUAGGAGGAGAGCUAUGCUGAAUAUGUAAAAAGUAUUUUAUACUAACGAGUAAAUAUUUUCAGGGCGAUGGUGUUUGCGCGCUCAAUCCUGCUUGCUCAUGUAUACUUACUGCAGGCCAUCUUUCGUAUGGUUUAACUGAGAGUGUGCAAACUACUGCAGUAGAGCACGUUAUUGCAAGGGUUGCAUAAUCCAGUAUUAAAUAUGCUGAAUUCAUCGAACCAUAAAUUGUUUUAAAAAUUCUACA